UUGAAUGAAUUUUGUUCUGUUUCACAGAGAUGCUGCAGUUUGUCAGUAACCAGGCAGGAGACUUUCCAGACCUGUUUUCGGAUCCCUUGUGCAGCACCUUCCAGGGCAGCAGCGGCACUGGCAGCAGCAGUGGGACCCUGGAGCCCACCUUCCAGGGCAGCAGCGGCACUGGCAGCAGCAGUGGGACCCUGGAGCCGCAGCUGCAGCGGCCCUACAGCCAGGUGCAGCUCCAAAGCUUCCCACCAGCCCCUGCAUCCCCCCAGCUGCAGAGCCUGCCCGUGAAAGCAGCGCAGAGCACCCCUCCAGCCCCUCCACGCUCAGCCCCUGUCCUGCAGCCACGGCCCUCCGUGCAGCCUCAGCUCCAGCAGCAGGCCGUCAUGAUCACACCAACCUUCAGCUCUGCUCCCCAGACCAGGAUUAUCCAGCAGCCUGUCAUCUACCAGAAUGCAGCCACAAGCUUCCAAGUUCUGCAGCCCCAAGUGCAGAGCCUGGUGACGUCCUCGCAGGUUCAGCCAGUUACGAUCCAGCAGCAGGUGCAGACGGUGCAGGCCCAGCGAGUGCUGACACAGGCUGCCAACGGCACCAUCCAGACCUUAGCACCAGCCACCGUCCAGACUGUUGCUGCACCACAGGUCCAGCAGGUUCCAGUUCUCGUCCAACCUCAGAUCAUAAAAACGGAUUCCCUGGUCUUGACAACCCUGAAAACAGAUGGCAAUCCUGUUAUGGCUGCGGUACAGAACCCAGCACUGACAGCACUCACUGCUCCCAUUCAGACCACAGCUCUGCAGACCCUUGUUGGGAGCAAUGGGACAAUUUUGACCACAAUGCCAGUGAUGGUGGGACAAGAAAAGGUGCCUAUCAAACAAGUUCCUGGGGGUGUCAAGCAAGCUGAACCACCUAAAGAAGGAGAGAGGAGAACAACUCACAACAUCAUCGAAAAGCGCUACCGGUCGUCCAUAAAUGACAAAAUCAUUGAGCUGAAGGACCUUGUCAUGGGGACAGAUGCCAAGAUGCACAAGUCUGGAGUCCUGAGAAAAGCCAUUGACUACAUUAAAUACCUGCAGCAGGCUAACCAUAAGCUGAGGCAGGAGAACAUGGUUCUGAAGCUGGCUAACCAAAAAAACAAGCUGUUGAAGGGCAUUGACCUGAGCAGUCUGGUUGACAACGAUGUAGAUCUGAAGAUAGAUGACUUCAACCAGAAUGUGCUGCUGAUGUCUCCUCCAGCCUCUGAUUCAGGAUCCCCAGCUGGCUUCUCUCCCUAUUCCAUUGAUUCAGAGCCAGGAAGCCCGCUUCUUGAUGAUGCAAAGGUUAAAGAUGAGCCUGACUCUCCUCCUGUGGCACUCGGCAUGGUGGAUCGCUCUCGAAUACUCCUCUGUGCUCUCACAUUCCUUUGCCUUUCCUUCAAUCCCCUGACAUCCCUCCUGGACGCCCGAGGAACCCCCGAGCCUGACAGCCUGGUGCGCCACGGCUCCGGCAGGAACGUGCUGACCAUUGAGUCAGACGCAGCUGGCUGGUUUGGUUGGAUGAUGCCCACCCUAAUCCUGUGGCUUGUGAAUGGAGUGAUUGUGCUGAGCGUGUUCAUAAAGCUCCUUGUGCACGGAGAGCCCGUGACCCGGCUGCACUCGAGGUCCUCGGUCACCUUUUGGAGGCACCGCAAGCAAGCGGACCUGGAUUUGGCACGGGGUGAUUUUGCUGCAGCUGCAUCAAACCUGCAGACGUGCCUGUCAGUGCUCGGGCGAGCCCUGCCAGCUUCCCGCCUGGACUUGGCCUGCAGCCUGUCCUGGAAUGUGAUCCGCUAUAGCCUGCAGAAGCUGGCGCUGGUGCGGUGGCUGCUGAAGAGGACUUCUCACCAGUGGCGGGCAAGGGAGGCCACUGCAGGGUUUGAGGAUGAGGCCAAGACCAGCGCUCGGGAUGCGGCCCUAGCCUAUCACAAGCUCCACCAGCUCCACAUAACAGGUAAGCUUCCCUCCAGCUCAGCUUACUCAGGCUUGCACAUGGCAUUGUGUGCUGUGAAUCUGGCCGAGUGUGCAGAAGAAAAAAUCCCACCCAGCACAAUGGCAGAAAUCCACCUGACAGCUGCAGUUGGCUUGAAAACCCGCUGUGGAGGCAAGCUUGGUUUCCUAGCGAGCUACUUUCUAAGCCAGGCUCAAAGCCUGUGCAGCUCGGAGCGAAGUGCCAUUCCCGACUCAUUGCGGUGGCUGUGCCAUCCCCUGGGACAGAAAUUUUUUGUGGAGCGAAGCUGGACGGUGAAGUCUGCUGCAAAGGAGAGCCUGUACUGCACACAAAGGAAUCCUGCGGAUCCCAUUGCACAAGUCCAUCAGGCAUUCUGCGAGAACCUGCUGGAACGAGCAGUGGAUUCACUCGUGAAGCCUCAGACUAGGAAAGAGGUAGCAGGACAAGAGGAGGAGGAGUCAUGUGAAUUCUCGGGUGCUAUCGAGUACCUGAAAUUGCUCAACUCUUUCUUGGAUUCAAUGGGAAGUGGAGCCCCACCCUUUGCCAGCAAUUCUGUACUCAAGUCUGCCCUGGGUCCCGACGUGGUGUGCCGGUGGUGGUCAGCAGCCGUGGCUAUGGCAAUCGCCUGGCUCAGAGGGGAUGAUGCAGCUGUGAGGUCUCAUUUUGCAGAAGUGGAGCGCAUGCCAAAGUCCCUGGAGAUGUCAGAGAAUGCCCUGGUGAAAGCUACCUUCUACAUGUGUAAAGCCAUGCAGGCCUCUCUGUCUGGGAAGGCAGAUGGACAGCAGAGCUCCCUGGGUCACUGUGAGAGGGCCAGCAGUCACUUGUGGAACAGCCUCAACAUGAGCAGUGGCAUGUCCAGCACUGUCCUCAACAAUAUGAUCCAGCUGCUGGCCUGUGACUUGCUGCUGUCCCUGCGCACCAGCCUGUGGCAGAAGCAGGCGAGCGCCAGCCAGGCGCUGGGCGAGACCUACCACGCCUCGGCCCCCGAGCUGACGGGCUUCCAGCGCGACCUGGGCAGCCUGCGCAAGCUGGCCCACAGCUUCCGACCCGCCUACCGCAAGGUCUUCCUCCACGAGGCCACCGUGCGCCUGAUGGCCGGUGCCAGCCCUACCCGCACCCACCAGCUGCUGGAGCACAGCUUGAGGCGGCGCACGCCCCAGAGCAGCAAACAAGGUGAGCUGGACACGUUGCCAGGCCAAAGGGAGCGAGCCACGGCCAUCCUGUUGGCCUGCCGCCAUCUACCCCUGUCCUUCCUGUCGUCGCCGGGCCAGCGCGCGGUGCUGCUGGCCGAGGCUGCGCGCACCCUGGAGAAGGUGGGGGACAAGCGCUCCUGCAACGACUGCCAGCAGAUGAUCGUCAAGCUCAGCGGGGGCACGGCCAUCGCUGCCUCCUAAUGCCUAAGGCAUGGGUUCCCUUUGUGCAAAGACAGCCUGGUUGAGCAUCAGCCUGGACUUCCCUUCAGGAGCUUAGAAGAAGUGCUAGGUUAGGGCUGUGCUGGUGGGAUCAGGAUGGGGUGGGAGAGGGAGGGAGGGUUUUGGGUUUGAUUUUUUUUCUAAACUUGCCCCAGGUUUAGCUUUACUAGCCUCCUUGCCUGUUCUCAGGCAGUGCAGCAGGAAUCUGUCUAAUUGUGGUUUUUGUCACUAUGCCUAGGGCUGUUGAGAAGCGCUGCCCUGACACAAAUAACCCAUCCCUGCUUGGGAGAGAAUCCCACAAGCCCACGGCAUAGAGAAGUGGCACAUCCUGUGUCUGUCCUCAGGGGUAUUCUGUUCCCUUUCCAAACACCUCUGCAGAAAGGAAAUCUCUGGGGAGGGCAGAGGAUCUGUUCAAGCCUUGUCCUGUGGGGCUGCUGGGGCCUAAGGCUGUUCCCAAAAGAGAGAGGAAGGCAGCAGCUUUCCUUGAGUUGUGUAUCAGGAAACUGAAGCCCCUUAGACCCAACUUACAUAGGUGCUCUGGGAGUAUCGCUUGGGGCCAGUACUGCCUGGAAAAUUUCUCUACAGUUUUUAUACAGGUUUUUUUAUAGGAAUGUUUGUGGCUUUACAAAAACAUGGGGAACAAUGCAGCAGAUUUCCCUUCCCUUCUGCUUCAUGCAUCUUUUCCUGUGAUAGCUGCCUCUGGUUUUCAGCAGGGGGUGUGUUUGUAACAGCCUGCAACAAGCAGAGCCUGGUAGAAGACCUUGGCAUCCCUGGUCAUCUGGUGCUGGGUGGCAGCAGAGGUGGACAUUGUGCCCUGCACUUGGCAUGAAGGGUGAAUGCUUCUCUGUGCCUUUUUGUUGAUGCAGAAACAAUUUUUAGAAACAGGUUUUUUUUUUAUUUUACUCAACUCCUAGUCCCAGAACUUGUCUUCAGUUGUUUCUCCUUACCUUCUGCAACUGCUCCACAGCUCCUCCAGGAUUUGGGAGGCAUUGGUUCAGGGUGCAAGUCUCCCAGCUUUGUUACGGUUGCUAUUCCGAGCAGUUUGACUUGCAGGUGUUGAAUUGCCUGUGACUUUCCAGGAGUGGGAGGCGGAUUUGGGACAGGGAGAGAACGGUUUGCCCUCUUUCUCUCUGCCUUUCCUGUUGCAUCUCUCCAAAGAAGUGCAGAGUGGUUGCCCUCUCACAUGUGCAUAUGUGGAAGCCAGCCUAGUGGGCAUUGCUGUUUCUCCAUGCAUACGGCCAGCAUGUUCUGCAUGUUGGCAGCUUGAAGCAUUUAGAUACAGGCAGCCAUCCAAACACAUCCUGUCCCAGUCAAGCCUGUACUGCCCAACUCCUGCAAACUUGGACUGUUUUGCAAGAAGCUUUUAUAUGUAUCCAGCUUUUGCAGAGAGGCAUGAGCUCCUUCAAAAUGAGAGGAGAAAGAUAGGGGCUUGUGGUUUCCCUUUGCACAGGGUCUUUUGGCAUCUGGGAGGGCGUUUCAUGUGCUGCAGUAAUUGAACCACAGGUAAUGCAAGUCCUGGAGUUGCCCAGCUUCAAGAAGAUGGAAAUUGGGGCCAGGAGAAACUCAUGUCCCAGCAAAGUCUGUUCCUAGGGAUUAUGAUCUGUAGCUGUGGACAAAAAUGUGGGGACCAGAAGGUGUUUACCUUCCUCCCCCACUUUAUUUGGGGACUAGCUGGUGGAUACCCAGCUGCAAUGGCCUGUACUGUCCUACUGGCAGGGGUGUCCCUUGCUUCCUGGAGUCAGUGGUUGGAGGGGGAGCUCAUGGUUUGAGGGGAAGAGGUUGUUCUCAAGAAUGUCUGAUCAGUGCAGGGGAUGCUCUGGUGGCAGCAACUUCAGCAUUGACGAGGUACCCUAAGUGUGCAGAACAGCUAUGAGUCUGUACACACUUUGAUUGUUCAUUCCCAAGUUCCCUAGCUUAUCAGUGAUCCUAUUUUGGGGAGUAGAUUGCUUCUUCCUGAUAUUUUUCCUCUUCCAUGGCUCUCGUGCCAUCUUCCUUGUCAUGGAGUUUUUUUCCCGAAAGUCCAGAAACUCCUUGCUUGUGGCAACCUCUGAGUUAUCUUGCAUUUCUCCAGGUCUGCGUGCAGCACGUGGGCAGUUCUGUGCUUCAGUGAAAUGGGAGGUAAGGCUUUGGGAAAGCAGGGAUGCUGAGGUUUCACUUUGUCACUAGUGGUAGUCUGAGCCCUGGGGGCUGGGCUGCAGGGGUACUGGCUGGGCCAGGAGCUGGGAGAAGCUGUUGGGCUGAAA